AGAGAGGUUCAGGCAUGGCGCAGGAAGCUUGUAGCGCCGUGAAGGAGGCGCUGCGAGAGCAUGGCGGGAGCUCUCCGUCACUUGAGAUGUUGCGGCUCUCCAAGGUGGAAGACAGCACCAAGUCGUCAACGGAGCUGUGGCGUUCGAUGCAUGACAUGAUGGUGCUGUUGAUCGACCCAGAGGUCUCUUGCAGUCAGCUCGACAUUCUGUGGAGCAAAGUGUGCAUGAACAAGAAGAAGCAAACGAAGGUGGCAGUGGUGACCACACUGGCGGCGCUGGGCUACCCCCGCCUGCACGAGCUGUACAGGAUCGCUGCUUCUGAGAGCUUCGAGUGCAAGAGCAGGGAGCUAUUGGUAGCCUGGGGAUGGAUGAUCGCAAGAGGGAACUUUCUUGGGAAUGCUACUGGGGAGAGGAGGACAGUACGGAGGCUCGGGCCAGACCAGGAAGGAAACUUCUCAGUGAAUCGGAGAUGUGAUGGAGUGCGAUCAAGAUCUCGUUCAGCUCUGAUGAGCUUCAACCUCCUACAAUUUGACUGCAGGAAGCUGUUCAUCAGGCAAAUGCACUUGGACCGACUAGUGUGCAAUUUUCUUCAUCGGACAAAGAUGAAACAAGCAACGACUCUCGGAGAGAUUCUGAAGCUGUGCGAGAAGAAAGUGAAGAAAGGCUCGAGUAGACCAGAUGCUGAAUCUCGAAAGAAAUUUCUUCUCUUCUACUCUUGGCUCUCCAACGCUGCGAUGCAUUCCGACCACGAAAGAUCGCGGAUUGACCUCGAAGCAUUCACGCAGCAACCCCCCUGCCAGCUCCUCUCCGACCUCCGCUCCUUGCUCGUGUCCCUGGGCCCGACGGUCGUACAGCUCCGGAACAAGAUCGCAGUCAGCUCGACACACACCAGGAGCUCUGCUGUGUCUUCGACCGUCCGCAAGAGCUUUCGGCCCUCGGGCGGCAAUUCGCUAGAGUCCCACCGGGAAGUUUGCAGGUGCCUCGGUGCUUCUCCGCUCUUGGUGACCGAGAGCAAGUCAGUUGACUGCAUGCACUUGCUCUCCUCCUUUGUGGGAGAGGACAAGGCCAUUAGCGGUAAACCUUUAGAGCGCAAGGAGCCAGUGGAGGAGGCGACGAUGGAAUCUCUGCGAGAGAUGAGAAGCUUUGCGACAACGAUCGAGAAGAAAAUGGGCGUUUCUUGGAUGAGGCUGUAG